AUGGAAAAGAUCUCAGCAACGAGGAAGCUGGUUGUUGUCUCUGCUGCAAAAUAUCACUCGAACAUCCUUAAUCGAGCGGGUGACGAGCAGAAAACAGUUGGGACCCCCAAGAGUGGCUCCACCAGACCUUCUCCCUCUAAGCAAUCCCAAUCCAAAAUCCAAAAGACUAGGACGGGUGAUGUGAGUGCAUCCGGCAAGAACCGAAAGCACAUUGCUCACAAGCCUAAAAGAGGAGACGACUCUACUCUUGAAGCUGACAGGGAGGUCAGCAAACUGGAUGCCAAUCAGGCAUUGAAGGGUUGCUUUAAGAAACCCACUACUGCUUGUCGGCUCAGCAGGAGAGAAGAGGCGCCAUGGGAAGGAGGAGGAGGUUCAGUCGGAUGCUCCUGUGCAAAGGUCGACCGUCGUCCAGAUGGCCAAGGGAUGCUGAGGGAACUUGAUCCAGAGGACAAGGCGUCCGCUAUGAUGUGCAUUAGGGGGCUAAGGAAGCCUCUUCAGGAAAAUUCCAAAGAGGUAAAGAAGGACCUUGAUUCGGCUCGCUCCAAAAUUAAUGAUCUUAAGGCCGAAAUUAAAGGUCUUAAGGAAAAGCUUGAGCCUCUGCAAGAGGCCAAGAAAGAAGCCAAGAGGGCCAAGGAGCGGGUUGGCCGCCUAGAGAUGCGCCUGGCGAACCAGGAGAAGCAGCUGAAGGCCAAGUUUGAGUCCCGAGCUGAUGAGGAGAAGGAGGCCCUUGUCAAAAAAAUGAUUGAAGAUUAUGAGGCCAUCAUGCGGACGGCAUGGGAGGCGGUACAGCCGGGUGCUGACUAUAGCACUUGGAAAUCCAAAUUUGACCAAGCCAACAAGGAUUUCAAUGCUGACCUUCUUCGACAAGCCCAAGAGGAGGCGACCAAGGCUGCUGCUGAGGGUGAAGAGUCCGACUCCUCAUCGGGCUCUUCUGGGGAGGAGAAGGGGGACGAGGAGGAUGGUGAAAAUGCUGAGUAG